ACUCCGCCCCGAGAUUCUUCCAGAAGGCGCCGGCGAGGUGCACACACAGCUUUGGGUGGAUAUAUUCUUUUAAAAAUAAAAAUUAAGGCAAUUUCCUGCUAGCUGUGUGUGUAUUUUGCCGUCCACGAUGUCCACUUUGGGAACGCUGGCCUUCGAUGAAUAUGGACGGCCGUUCAUUAUCAUUAAAGACCAAGAUAAGAAGUCUCGUCUGAGUGGCCUUGAUGCGCUUAAGUCACACAUCAUGGCUGCAAAAGCAGUUGCCAACACCCUGAAGACCUCACUCGGCCCAAAUGGGCUUGAUAAGAUGAUGGUGGAUAAGGACGGCGAGGUGACAGUAACCAACGACGGCGCUACCAUUCUCAGCAUGAUGGAUGUUGAUCACCAGAUCGCCAAACUCAUGGUUGAGCUCUCAAAGUCUCAGGAUGAUGAGAUCGGAGAUGGCACCACUGGGGUCGUAGUCCUUGCUGGAGCUCUUCUCGAGGAGGCUGAGCAGCUCUUGGACAGAGGGAUCCACCCCAUCCGCAUCUCUGACGGCUACGACCAAGCCGCACGCAUCGCCAUCGAACACCUGGAUAAGAUCAGUGACAGCUUCCCUGUAGACACCAGCAACACCGAGCCGCUCAUCCAGACAGCCAUGACGACACUCGGGUCCAAAGUGAUUAACCGAUGCCACAAACAGAUGGCCGAGAUCGCCGUCAAUGCCAUUCUCACCGUGGCAGACAUGGAGAGGAAGGACGUGGACUUUGAGCUUAUCAAAAUGGAAGGGAAGGUUGGAGGUAAACUGGAGGACACUCAGCUUAUCAAAGGUGUUGUCGUGGACAAGGAGUUCAGCCAUCCUCAAAUGCCUAAGGUCUUAAAGGACACAAAAAUCGCCAUCCUGACAUGCCCGUUCGAGCCACCCAAGCCUAAAACCAAGCACAAGCUGGAUGUGACCUCCGUGGAAGACUAUAAAGCUCUGCAGAAAUAUGAGAAGGAGAAAUUCCAGGAAAUGAUUCAGCAGGUGAAGGAGAACGGUGCUAAUCUUGCCAUUUGCCAGUGGGGCUUUGAUGAUGAGGCAAACCACCUCCUCCUGCAGAACGAGCUGCCUGCUGUGCGAUGGGUUGGAGGCCCCGAGAUUGAGCUGAUUGCCAUCGCCACCGGCGGCCGCAUCGUGCCCAGAUUCUGCGAACUGACUGCAGAGAAAUUGGGCAGCGCUGGCUUGGUGCGGGAAAUCUGCUUCGGGACAACUAAAGACCACAUGCUCGUCAUUGAAGAAUGCAAGAACUCCAGAGCUGUUACCAUCUUCAUCCGCGGAGGAAACAAAAUGAUUAUUGAGGAGGCUAAGAGAGCACUCCACGAUGCCCUGUGUGUCAUCCGUAACCUGGUAAAAGAUAACCGCAUUGUUUAUGGCGGCGGUGCAUCUGAGAUUUCCUGCGCUCUUGCUGUUAAUGAAGCCGCUGAUAAGUGCCCCUCUCUGGAGCAGUAUGCCAUGCGGGCAUUUGCAGAUGCUCUAGAAGUCAUUCCUAUGGCAUUGGCAGAGAACAGCGGCUUGAACCCCAUCCAGACAAUGACUGAGGUCAGAGCUCGGCAAGUAAAGGAAAACAACUCCGCACUCGGAAUCGACUGUCUGCGUCUGUCCACUAAUGACAUGAAGCAGCAACAUGUGAUCGAGACCCUGAUUGGAAAGAAACAGCAGAUUUCUCUGGCAACCCAAGUGGUCAAGAUGAUCCUGAAGAUCGAUGACAUCAGAAACCCUGGCGAAUCUGAAGACUAAGCACGUCUUGCGCACUGACAACAAAGUCAUUGUUUAGUGUUAUUUAUCAUUACAUACAGCACUCAUUUACUGUGUAGGCCAUCGACAAACAAUAAAAUGUUAAAAAUU